UUUGCAUCUACUAAAUAUUCAUGAGUAAUGGUCGUCUCCCAGUAGAGUAGUGUGUCGCUGCCCCUAAUGACGUGUCUGUGAUUAUGUUACAGCAAGAAUUCCCUAAUGUAGUCUUCCUCAAAAGCAACACUAAAUUUUUUAUUAUCAAACCAUAGUUAGAUGACCUAAGAUGGCACUAAAAUGAAAAGUUGUAAACACAGAAUUUUUAACUAAAGGGAAACAACACCUAGGAUAGGUAGGGCAAACUGUAUCCCUGUCUAUACAAAGUAAGUGGAGUGAGCUUGGUGAAUUGGGUUGUUGUCAGGGUUCUCACUAAUGAGCCAAAUCCAUUAGUCCUGGACUGAAAAUCUGAUCUCAUUAUUUUUGAACUGGUUGAUAUCGUCAAGCAAAAGGCUCGUGCUAUAGCAGAUCUUACAGAGGAGGAUUUCACAGGUCUGGUGAGCAAGGCAAGAGAUUUUAGUCUGGCUCAGGACAGAGACAAGAUGUCCCACAGGGACCAAAGGUCUACACACUUCACAAAUAGACAUCAAAUAUACCAGGAAGAUGAUUCUGAUGAUCCUGCAUCUGAAUCUUCAUAUUUUCGUGUGAAUAAGGAUGUCAUUAUUGACAUUCCAUCCUUUCCUGAUGAGGAGAAACGUACUGACAAUGACUCAGGAAUCUAUAAUUCUAGUAAGGCAACAACCAGUCUGUGUAGUAACUCCGAUCAGGAGGAAAGCGAAGGGGAGGAAAGGGCAGCCAGUUUCGAUUACUUCCCCUCAGCAACUAAAGUAACACCAAUGUAUCAUAAUGAAUAUGACGAGGCAUAUGAUGUAGAGUCUGACAAAGCAUCACAAAAUGACAUUGAGUCUCCGCGCAGUGAUAAAUCUGGAAACAAAGAGAGUGAUCAAGACUUUUAUCCCGGUACAGAAAUGGAAACGUUUCGUACCUACAGUCGGGGACAGGACGAUUUUGAAACCAGUGAAGACAGUGAUGAUGAGGUCAAGUUUGCUCCUCAUCGCACAUUAUACAAUGAAAGGAGGAGUCGUAAUUAUUACACUCCCAUGACUCAGGAAAGCACAGAAGAAUAUGGUGAAAUGACAUCGUCAACCUUUUCUUUUGACAAAAGCCGUAAGGCACUUAAAGACAACUCUGCUUCCUCUUUGAGACGGGUAGAUGAUCACAUUCACUUCCCAUUAAGUAGUCCAACUCCUAGUCGCUACAGUAACUUUACUAGAUAUGAUAAAAGUAAAAGCACUGGGGUACAAGUAGAAAAAUCUGUGUAUUCUCGUCAUCAUGACGAUAUGUUCAGUGGGGAGAAGGACCCUCCUUUUGGUCAUGGUAAAGACCAAGUAGACAAAGUGGGUAAAUCAAUCUGUUCUUUGUUAACAAACAGUUGCUCCUCAGUUGAUGAUAUGCCUGAAGGAAGACCUAUAGCACAAAGUCUGGACUUGGCUGAUGAUGGGAGGAGAAAGAAAAAGAAAAAGAGAGGAUCAAAGGAUGAUCUUGAUGACAAAACAAGGAGAAACUCAGAUUACGAUGAGAACGGCAACCCAAUAGAUCGCUACUAUCAGAUGCGAGGCUCUCCAAAACUUGGUUCUUCAAGUUCAGUUAUUCGUAAAAACUAUCCAGGAGCUAGCAGUUUUCCUCAGAGCCUAAGAGACUUCAGUCCAUAUUCCUUAGGAGGUACUCCCAUAAGUGAAUUAGAAUCUUCACCGUUUCAUCCAAACCACGAUUUAAAUCGUACAGAAAAGAAAGUUCGUAAAAAAAUUAAAAAAGAAAAAGUCAGUUUGUCUGAAGAGGUUGAAAAUUAUGUAGGGAAUAAAGAAAUUGACGAACUAUUAGAUUUCAUUGAUGGUGACAAAAAUGGGCGUAAGCCAGCAAAGAAAAACAGUCAAACCAUUACAAAUGAAGUGGCAGUGGUUUCUAAAUCGACAGAGAAAAACAACAAGAAAAACAAGGACAAAAAAUUAAAUAAACCAAUUAAUGACGAAAAAUGUGAAGUGAAAGAAACAGGAGAGGAAAAAAGUGAUGUUAAAAUAAUUGAUGAAACCACCCCACUUAUUAAUUCAAUUAAAACAGAUCAUAUUUUAGAUUACAAAACUCAAAGUGUUCAAAAUCAUGAUGAUGAUAAAAAGUGUGUUAUUAACGAAUCACAUUUAAAUGUUAUAAAUAGAAUGGGAAAUACCACUGCGAAAAACUCAUCUGAUGAGAAUACUGAUUCACAGGAACGAAUUGAAACAAUUAUUACAAAUGAGAUAGAUAUAAAACAAUCUGUGAGUUUACCAGAUGAAGAAAUAACUAUGGAAGCCAAAAUAGAACAGAAAGUUAACUGUGUUCCAUCAGAAAGUGUAGAAAAACCAAUUAAAAAAGACAAAAAAUCAACAAUCAAAUCUGUUGAAAAACAAAAUCAGUCUAAUAAACCUAAAGCAAAGGGAGUUAACUCUAAGAUAGAAAAUUGUAUUGUGAAUGGCUUUGAUGCAGAUGAUUCAGUAGAGAACAUUUCUACAAAACCCAAAUCACAAACAAACAAUAUCAAACAGAGAACAAUGGAGAAAAGUGCUAAUAAAGAAACCUAUCAAACUGAUAAUGGGUUAAAUGGCAUGAUAACUAAUAAUAACAAAGACAAAACUUCAUUGUUUCUUAACGAGCUAGACUUGGUGCAGAACGAAGACUAUCGUUUCACAGACUUUGAACCUUUAAGAAAGGAGCCUGAAUUUCAAGUUGUUGGUGGUAAAAAGAAAAAGAAGGUUCCUACAACAAAGGAAAUUAUAAGUGCUAAGGAGACUUUAGUUCCUCCUAAACCUUUUAAAAGGGAAGAAAGACGCAAGGCUCCCCGUUCUGUGACACCUCCCCCUUUGAACAAACUUUCAUCAAACAUUGUCGAAGGAGAAAGAACACGAGACCUUAGUCCAUCAGCAUUUCCUGCUCUUGGCAGCUCUAAUCAACCAGGUUUCCGUGAUGCUAGAAGGAACUCUACUGGUGAUGUUAGAAUGGAAGUUCAAAGUAUUAUAAAAGCUCAAGAUGACAGUGAUAUUGAAUCAGUGAAAUCCCUCCCUGCCUCUUCACAAGGAGCUUGGCUACAAAACAGUCUAUCCCCACGUCUCCCGGUUUCCUAUGCAAAAAUGGCCGCUUCUCCAAAACCCAGUGUCACUUCCUUAGGAAGUUCUACAGCAGACGAUGAACCCGAAGAAACAAGCAUGGAUUUGAAAGCAGCCAAUUGGAAAGGACAAAUAAAGGAAAGGCGCCAUUCCAUUGGUUCACAUCCUGAAAACUUAAAAGAAAUUGAAAGUUCUUCCAUAAAACAAAAAUAUGGAAGUCAAGAAGUUUUAAAUGUUUGUGAUCAGGAUGUAGUUAUAGUGGAUACUGACUUUCAUGAUGAGGAUGUUGUUUUAGUCGAUACUGACUUUCCUAAAGUUGGAUUUGAUAGCAAGUUUGUUAGCACUACCAAUUCCAUUAAAACUGAAGAGAGUAAUACUAGUCUAUGUAGUGUGUCAUUUGGCGAUGUUAUUCCAAGUGAUAUAAAUAUCAUUGAUAGUCAACUGACCGUAUCAUAUAGUAAAACAUGUGAGUCUGAAACUGCCAAGCAGAUAAAUGAAGAUUUAGAGUGUUCUCUUGAAAAUGACAAGUCCAUCAGUGAAUCAUCUUACAAAGUGUCAGACUCUAGAAAGAUUUGUGAAACAAAUAAUGCUGAGAAAGUGAAGUCUGUCAAACAAACAGCUAUUAAUAAUUCUAAAAGAGUAAAACAGUCUGUAAUAUUCAUGGAUAAAAGAGUCAGUCAGGCCCCUCGUAACUUGGGCAUAUCAUUUUUCUUUGACUCUGCUAACGAGUCUGACGUUGCUGAUAAUAAUUCCGAAAACAUACAAAAGUGCUCAUCUUCUAGCUUACAAAGUAGUUCAAGUAAUAUUCCAAAAACUUCUGAUUCCAAAAAUCUUAGGAAAAAUUCUUCAGAAAAUUCUGUGAUAGCUAAAAAAUCUAUAUCUAAUAGUAAUAAAGAAUUCGGGACAGACUCUUCACCAAAAAGCCAUCUGCUAGCUGGCAAAAAUGGUAUCAUUGAACACAUCAUAAACCCUAAUGUUCAAAACAAACAUCUUUCUCAUAAAGACGAUACUAUCAUGUUCAUUGGCGAGCCUAACCAGAUCAUUGAAGCUGCCCAGAUCUCAAGUGACUCAAAAUUAUCAAAUUCCAAGGAACAAUCGAACGUUAGUCAAUCGGAUAAAGUAGUUCUUAUUACAAUUGGAGAUAGAAUGAUAGACUUAGAAGUGAAUUCAUUGCCAAAAGAUGAUAAGUGUAAACAGCAGCUUUUCUUCCGUCAGGAUUCGGGAGACAAUUCUAAUCAAAGAUUUAAUUUCCCAGAAGCUGUUAGUUACCUAAAUAAAGAAUGGGAAAAAGCAUUAGAAGGAAGUAGAAAAUAUCCAAAUGAAGUACUAGUAUACAAGGCUUAAAAGAACACAGAUUAACCUCAUGAACUUCUGUUGUGUGCAUUAGUACUGCUGGCUAGUGAAAUCAUUGCUUUUUCUCUGGGAAUCGACACAUAUUUACAUCAUAGACAUUGUAGGUUUUUACAAUGUCAUAAAACAGUCAAUUAGAUUUUUCAAUGACAUAAGCAGUUAACUGCAUUUGUGAUUUUGUUUCUUGUUAUAGUUUAUAACAUGAUAAAUUGUAUUUAUUGUUGAAAGUUGUUAUGAAGAAGGGGUUUAUAUAUUUUCUGGUAAAGACAUGCAUGUUAAGAACAUGCUCAAUUUCUUUUUACUUAACUCUUGCUUUUUUUUCUUUUUCUUUUUUAGUCAAUUCAUCUUUUUUUCUCUUUGAAAUUUUCGCUGAGUAUAAAGGGGUAAAUUUUUGAAAAAAAAUGUAAGACUCAGAAUUGUUUUGUCUUUUAUUUUAUUAGUUGUUCAUCAAAAUCAAGACAUAUAUAUAUUUCAAGUGCCUGUUGUUAUUUUGAGGAAAAAGGUCUUUACCAGAAAAACUUACAGUUGAAAGUUUCAAUAUGGACCUAUUUAAGAGAAAUUUAUGUUGAAAUUGCUUUAAUAAAUAUUUGUUCAUACUAAAUUGAAUUGUUAGCUCUUAUAAUCAGGAUGAAAUUUAGAUUUUUCAACUAUUGAUAAACUUUAAUAAUGAACAUGAUGAAAAAGAUAUUUUGUCUUUGUUUAUGACCAGAAAUCCUUUCAUGCACCAGUGCUUUUAAUAUCUGUUCUUCAUCUCAAAGUUAUGUUUUUAUUUUUUUCAAUUAUGAAAAUUGUUAAUUUAUGUUACGGUUGAGUAAGAGGUGCAGAAGAAAAUCAAAUCAAGGAAAUUGUACUUUUUAUUUAUAUUUUGAUUUAUUUCUAAACAUUUCAUAGAUCAUAUGAAAGGUGGUAAGUGAUGAAAUCAUCAAUUUGUAUUUCGGUAAUAAUUGAUGCAACUAAUGUUUUCAGUUUUAUUUAAAAGAAUUUUCAGGGUAUGUAACCAUGGUUACAGACAAACACAAUUCAAGAAAAGUUAACGUAAAUCUCAUUUUCUAGGAUUUCAAAUUUGUAUUUUCAAGUAAUCGUGAUUUAAAUGGUGUUAAAAAGAAUGAACAAUUUAGUCUGUUUAAACAGUGAUUUGAAAGACUAAAAUUAAAUGAAUUAUACAUUGAAAUUUUAAGAUAUCAUGUGAAACUUAUUAAGGUCCAUAAUGAAAAAGAAGAUAAGAUUUGUCCAUUGUUCAGAGACAGAUAGGUUACCUAAGGAUUAUAGGGAACUGUAUUGUAGUAACCAAAUGUGAACUUCAUGGUUUUGAUUAUUUGUUGGAAGAAAAUGCAAUUUAUAUUUUCAUACUUUUGAGGAAAAAAGGGAUUUUUAUUUAUUUUUUAUUUUUUUGUCUGAAUUCAAGCGUAAAAAUAGCAUUUUCUGUCAUAUGAUGUGUUUCAACAUUACUAUAUUUUAAUUGUACUUUUUUGUUUCCAUUUUUGUUUUGCUUUGAAAAAUUUAUAUGUUAAAAAUAUUGACAUUUGUAUGUUACAAUUCCAAAUGUGUGGGCUAAAUAUACUUCUAUAAAUGUACUUUUUAGCACAAAUGAAAAUAAAAAAUCUAUUUAAUAUGUUGAUAUCAAGUUUGUACCAUGUGGACGUUUUGUUUGCAUUCCAAAAUAAAGGAGUUACUUCCCUUUUAAAAGCAAGGGAGAAUUGCUGUUAUCAAUUAAGAUAAGGAAAAAUUGUCUUCAAAAGUUGUUUAUUAGAAGGAAGUGAUGUUAGAAUAUGAUCACGUUAUUUAGACUCUAAUGAUUAGCAACAAAUUUGACAUUUUUCUUUUGAAAUAAUAAAUAGUUAAAUGUAGCAUAAAAUAAUUUACACAACUUUAAUUAAAUGCAUUUCCAUACACGAAAGUCUUUAGUAAGCUAGUGGUGUAUUAAUUUGUGAUUUAUCAGUGUAGAAAUUUUAAUUCAAAUAGAAAAAUAGAAUUGUAGUUUGAAAAGUAAAAUCACUUGCAAAAAAGUCUUCUCUUCAAAUUCUACUCAUUCUUGAAAAGAAAUGAUAAAGAAAUGAAUUACAGAUUCUAAAAAUAAGAACGAUUUUUCAAAAUACUGUAUUCUUUCAGCUGUAAAUCAUUUUUGUAUCAGACUUAGAAUACAAUGGAAACAAGAGGUCCACAUGCGUCUUUGAUAACAACAACAAAAAAGUGUAUAAGAAGGCAGAAGAGGUUUUUGUCCUAUUGUUUGUUUCAGCUACAUAUAUGUAUGAAUGAAAACAUGUUGUGUUACAAAUGUAUAUAUAUAUAACAUGAGUUUAUGUUUUGUUUUGUUAAACGUCAAAUUUUUGUUGGCAAUUGUUCUGUCUUUCUUGAAUAUAUUGUUUUUCAUAUCAUCAAAAACAGAAAUAUAUAAUUUGUUACAGUAAUUCUAAUACUGGUUUAUGCUAACUGUUCGAUUUCCGAAACAUAUUUCUAUAAAAAAGUUGAAAUGUAUUAUUAUCUAAACAAGAUGAAAUAAUUUGAAGUCAAUGAAAGUUUUUUGGACAAUUAUUUCGAAUUUGGCAAAUAGCAUUACAAGGUAAAUCACUUUUUAGAUGUGAAAUUCAGUAUAACUAAAAGUCAAUAUAAGAUAUUAAUAGCUCUCGAGAAUAGAGAAUAGAGAAUAGCCGGUUUGUUUAGAGCCAAGAUCAAAGAAAAGUCUGGAGUCAAUUUACUAUGUCAGCAUGAUUGUCCACAUGUCUCUAGGUCCUGUUAUUAUUAGAAAAAGUGUUACCAUUUGUAGUAGUAUUUUACAUGGAAUUAAUUUAGUUUGAAAUAUUUUUGACAUAAUAAUUUAUUUAGAUCUUUUAUUAGGGACACUUAUAACUUACAAAUAUGAUAACAAAUAAUAUUGAAGACAAUUCACAACUUUUAUUGAAAUAACAAUUAUUUUUUUCACAAGCCCUUUAAUUCCUGUAUAAAUCACUUAAGUUUGAAUGACAUAUGAAAAACUAUGAUUUUUCAGUGUAAUGUAAGCUUAAAUUUUUUUGCAGUUAUGGAAAUUAACCUUGUGAUGCUUCUUAACUUUAAAUGCUUUAUUACUUGGUUUGUAGCCUUGUUGUGCUUUUAAAGUCUAAAUGAUUUAUCACUCAGUUUGUUAUCUCUGCACUCACUGACUCAGAGUCUUCAAACCAUUAUUUACAUUUUCAGUACAAAGAUCUGUGUAUGCAUUAUGCUUAUUUUUUAUGAAAUAUAAUAAAAUGUUGAUGAAAUAUUAUUUAAAAAGUGAAGAUCAAACUUAUUAUUUAAGCAUUUUGUGCAAAUUUGAAAAAGGGAAUUAUACAUUAUCUGUGAGACUUUUUCUGAUAAAACAUUUGUAAAUUCCCUUUUCCACUUCCAGUCUUCAUUCCUUGCCAAAAAAAUGUUUUUACAAACUGAUACAAAGUUGCAAUGCUGGUGUUAAAGAUUAUUUACUACAUAAGGGAAUUUUCUAUCUGAAAUUAUGCAUAUUGUUAGAUACAUUAUCUUCAAGAUCUUCAAUCACAAAUUAAUGCAAUGUAUUUAAUUUUUUUGUCUCCUAACGAAUAUGCCUUAAUGUAGAAUGUAUUAAACUUAACAAUAAAUGGCAAUGUAUUUUACAGCUUAUUAACAUUAUGGUUUAAUGUAAAUAGCAUUUUGUCUUAUACUUGCAAGUGCCUAAAACUUCGUUUUGUCACUAAAAUGAAGAUUUUUUAGUUUCUUUGCAAUCUGCAAAGUUUUGCCAGUUUUAGAUAGUAAUUUAUUGAUCAAAAUCAAAUGCAUAUAAAUAUUUAUGUUUUUCUUUGUUAAAAGAAGGGAUAAUUACAAAUACAAAGGGGGAGUAGAUGAUAAAUCUAUAAAAAGGUCAAAUAUUUCACUAAACAUCUUUUUUUUUGCUGAUAAUAAAUUUUAAAAAUGUGCCAUCAAUAUCAUUAUGUGCUAAUGUUUGCUGUUGCUCAUUCUCAAUCAUGGCAAAGUAAACCAGUCCUCAAAUAUUAUAAAUGUCAAAAAUGUUUUGUUCUGUUGAGAUCUUAUUUUUUUUACCUUAUAUCCUGUACUGUCUCAAAAUUCUAAAAUACUGCUGCAGUGUAUCUAGAAUAUGAAUCAUAUUUAUGAUUAUGACUUUGCACAGGGUUUUUUGUGAUCCUUACUUUGAAAAUGUUCAGUUACAACUGAAUAAUAUCAUGAACCAGUGUUUUAGUGAUUAUUCCUAUAUAUAUUUUUAUACAUUUUCAGUUAAAAUGCUACUUAAAUAGAGUUUAUCCAUCUGUAAUAAUAAGCUGAAAAUAGAGUUAUGUCCCUUUUAGGAGAUAAAUCCUAGUAUUUAGUUGUUUGCAGUAGUAUUUUUAGAACUAGAGACCUGUACCUCUGAGUUGUGAUUGUAUUCUUUCAGAUAUUUGUUUACCUGUGUACUACAAGUUGUUGGGAUUAAGUUAUGUAGCUGAAACAAAAUUGGAUAUAAAUAUAUUUAAACUCUAAUAAAUAUUGCUUCACA